AUGUCGCUUUCGAAUAGAGUGCAAGGUCGUAUUGCAAUUUUCAAUGGUGAAAACUAUUCAACUUGGAGGCCACAAAUGGAAGGCGUGUUGCAUAAGUUUCGCCUUCUUAAUAUAGUCCAAGGAAAGGAAGAACGAUCACCAGAAACAAAGGAUGAGCAGGAAAAAUGGGAUGACAAGGACCUAGAUGCUCGGAGUGAACUUUUAUUCGCCAUAGAAGCACAAGCGGUAGCUCUUUACUCAAACUAUGGACGAGUACCUGCGAUUUGUGCCAUAAUCAGUCGUUUGACGGAGCUAGAAGCGAAACGCGACGAUGACAUCCUUGUGGUCAUACUUUUAAAUAGUCUCGACGAAAAUUAUAAAGAUGUCCGAGCAGCAUUCGCAGCGCAAAAAGACUUCCCUACUUUGGAAACUGGCCGUAUUAGGUUGAUGGAAGUUGGCGAUACAAAGCCAAAGUUAUUAAAUGAUAAUUCCUUGAGAGUUAAAGAUCGUCCCAAGAACAAAAAUGUUAUUGGAUGUCGAUGGGUAUUCAAAACUAAGCGAAAACCAGACGGAACUAUCAAAAGAAGAAAAGCAAGGCUAGUAGCUAAAGGUUAUUCCCAACUUAACGGUGUAGAUUAUAUCGACACAUUUGCUCCAGUCGCUGAGAUUAGCUCUAUCCGAAUGCUCUACGCUAUUGCUAGGGAAUUCGAUCUAGAUCUUCACCACAUUGACAUUUCAACUGCAUUCUUGUAUGGAGACUUGAACAAGGAAAUUUUCAUGGAACAGCCAACAGGCUAUGUGACCGACAAAUCUAAAGUUUGUAAACUUCAAAACUCUACAAUCAGGCCAUCAAUGGAAUAA